GGUUGUUCAAGUGAUUCAUACGAUUCAUCCUCACCACCAUCUCUUUUGAAAAAUUCAAACUGUAUUCUUUAGAAUCAAAGCUUGAUCAGGUCGUUUUCAUAGCUGCUUCCCCGUUGCAUCCUCAUGUUUUACUGAGAAAAAUAAUGGGUUCCUUCCAUUUGUUUAUAACCCAUCAUAAAUCUGGAAAGUCGCUACCCUUACAGAGUUCGAAAAAUUCGAAAAACAUAAAUAAAAAGGAUAGUCAAUUUUUUUGCCAAUAUAUUAAUACUAGUUCCUUCUUUCCUCGCUGUCAACCGUGCGGAUGCAUUUCUCAUUUCUGCAAUUGUGUCUUCUUCACAAAGCUCGUAUUUUUCACUAAAAUGGUUCUACUUGAUUUCUAAAAGCAUCUUUCAUGGAUCUGGACCGUGGGAUUCGUGAAAAAUCUGCUGAGAACCUACCAUGGAAGACGGUUCUGACUCUUGCGUAUCAGAGCCUUGGAGUUGUCUAUGGAGAUUUAAGCAUUUCACCACUAUACGUAUACAGAAGCACAUUUGCUGAAGAUAUCACGCUCACAGAGAACAACGAAGAGAUUUAUGGUGUUUUCUCUUUGGUUUUCUGGGCUCUUACAUUGAUUCCUUUAAUCAAAUACGUGUUUAUCGUGCUCAAAGCUGAUGAUAAUGGAGAAGGAGGCACAUUUGCUCUGUACUCGUUGCUGUGUCGCCAUGCGCGAGUCAGCUCGCUGCACAAUCGACAAUUGGCAGACGAAGAGCUACCAGGGUACAAGAAGGGAUAUUAUGAUGCAACACCAGAGAGAAGCUUUGCCUCGAGGAUGAAGAUGGCGUUGGAGAAGCAUAAGGUUUUGCAGAAGAUUUUGCUGGUUCUGGCUUUGAUUGGGACUAGCAUGGUGAUUGGUGAUGGGGUUCUUACACCAUCUCUUUCUGUUUUCUCUGCUGUGUCUGGUGUUGAGCUUUCAAUGUCCAAGGAGCAUCACCGAUGUGUAGAAAUUCCGGCUACGUGCAUCAUAUUGAUAGGCUUGUUUGCGCUUCAACAUUAUGGCACUCACAGGGUUGGCUUCUUGUUUGCUCCAAUAAUUAUCACAUGGCUUUUCUGCAUCAGUACUAUUGGUGUCUACAAUAUAUUUUACUGGAAUCCUCAAGUAUAUAAAGCAAUCUCUCCAUAUUAUGUUUACCGAUAUUUAAGGAAAGCUCAGGGAGAAAAAUUGGUGUCCCUUGGUGGAAUUUUGUUGUGCAUAACAGGAUCUGAAGCCAUGUUUGCUGAUCUCGGCCACUUUUCACAAUUAUCAAUCAAGCUUGCAUUCACCUCUGUGGUUUAUCCAUCUAUAGUUCUUGCUUAUAUGGGGCAUGCUGCUUAUCUAUCUAAACAUCACAACAUCAUCUACAACUAUCACUUUGGGUUUUAUGCAUCUGUACCGGAUAAGCUGAGAUGGCCUGUCCUGGUAAUAGCCAUUCUUGCUGCAGUUGUGGGAAGCCAAGCUAUCAUCACUGCUACUUUCUCAAUUAUCAAGCAAUGCAUGGCGUUAAGCUGCUUCCCGAGAGUGAAAGUGGUCCAUACAUCAUCCACAAUUCACGGCCAAAUAUAUAUCCCCGAGAUCAACUGGAUAUUGAUGCUCUUGUGCUUGGCUGUAACCAUUGGUUUCAGAGACACCAAGCACUUGGGUAAUGCAUCAGGUUUGGCAGUUAUAACAGUUAUGCUGGUCACCACUAUUUUGAUGUCACUGGUUAUAGCAGUGUGCUGGAAGCAGAGAUUUUUCCUUGCUCUUGGUUUUGUUGCUAUAUUUGGCACCAUUGAGGCUGUCUUCUUCUCAGCUUCUCUUAUCAAGUUCCUUGAGGGAGCAUGGGUUUCAAUUGCUUUGGCCUUUGCAUUUUUCAGUGUCAUGUAUAUCUGGCACUAUGGCACUCUCAAGAAGUAUGAAUAUGAUGUCCAAAACAAGGUCUCCAUCAACUGGCUACUCAGCCUAAGUCCCAACAUAGGCAUUGUCCGGGUGCGAGGGAUCGGGCUAAUUCAGACCGAUCUUGUUUCUGGAAUCCCGGCAAUCUUCUCCCACUUUGUAACCAACCUUCCGGCGUUCCACCAAGUCCUAGUCUUUCUCUGCAUCAAACACGUGCCAGUUCCUCACGUCUCACCUAAGGAACGGUUCCUCGUAGGCCGAGUAGGGCCAAGAGAGUUCAGACUCUACCGGUGCACAGUGCGCUAUGGCUAUUGCGAUGUCCCCAGAGAUGACAUGGAGUUUGAGAAAGAUCUUGUGUGCAGCAUAGAAGAGUUCAUUGGCACAGGAAACGAUAGUACCGAGCUCAAUGCUUCUUCUUCUUCAAGCAAGGAGCUCGAACAAAAUCAGGACAUGGCAGUUGCAGGGACAUGUUCCACACAUACCAUAACAAUGAACGAGGACACUAAGAAUCCGAACAACAUAGACUCAGCUGAGACGUCAGAGAUCCAACCCAAGAAGAGGGUGAGGUUUGUAGUGCCGGAGGAGAGUCCGAGGAUUGACAAUGGCGGUAGAGAAGAAGAACUAGAAGAGCUUAUGGAAGCAAGGGAAGCUGGGGUAGUUUACAUUACAGGGCAAUCUUAUAUGAGAGCUAAAGCAGGGUCUAGCUUGCUGAAGAAGUUAGUGAUCAAUGUUGGGUAUGAAUUCUUGAGGAAGAACACUAGGGCACCAGCUUAUGUCCCUGACAUGCCUCAUGCAUCAUCUUUGGAAGUUGGGAUGGUGUACCGAGUUUGAAAUUUUGGUUUCACAAGAAAUAUAGUUUGUUGUAUAGGUUAGAUGAUAAGUUAUGAAUACACACACCACUCGUGGUAGAUAUGAAUACAAAUUUUGUUCUUUUUACUUCAA